AUGCGCGAUGUCACCGAUGUUUGUAUCAAGUUUGCAUGUUACUUUGAAUGUUAUUUUGAAUAAAUAAGACAGGUCGUCGGCUGCUGCGCGCCCUAACUCUUCAACAACAACAACAACAACAACAGUUAAGAAUGCCGACACCAUCGGUGCUCAAAGCCUCUGCUGACCCUGAGGUAGACCUGCAGCAUCUGGCUGAGCUCUGCAGGCGGCAUGCAGAACACCAGGAGGACAAUAAACGCAUGCAGGCAUCCGUCCGUAAGCUGAACCACCGUCUGGAGCAGCUGCAGCGCGAGUCGUCGGCGCUGCAGUCGGAGCAGGCGCGCAGCGUGCUCACCCGCAGUCAGCUGGAGGCGCUCUGCCGGCAGCUGCAGGCGCAAAACCGCGCCAUCAAGGAGGAGGGUGUGGUUCGGGCACGCGAGGAGUGCGAGAAGCGCCGGACGGCCUCUGUGCAGUUCCAGAGCACGCUCUCUGAGAUAGCGGGGGCCGUGGCUGACGGGUCUCAGAAGAACGCCCGGCUCACGGAGGAGAACGCCAGCAUCGCUCGUCAGUUGUCCGAGCUCUGCCAGAAGUACGAGCAGAAGAACAAGGAGGCGGCGGCACUGAUGGAGCAGCGUGACCUCCAGACCCGCCAGUCUGUGGCUCAGCUUGCUCAAGCCCACCUCGAAAUGAAACAUCAACGGAGCCAGCUCGCUGAAGAGAAACAACAGCUCCUAGAGGCGGUGAGUGCCCAGCGGGCGCAGUACACGGCCCUCCAGGCCGCCGACUCUCGGCUCAGGGCCGAACUGGAGACGUACUCGACUCGGUUCGACAACAUUCAGCGGGAGCUGGCUUCAUCGAACGGGACGUUUGACUCGUACAAGUCCGAAAUGGCGCGGAUGCAGGAGACCGUUUCCCGGCUGGAGGCGGAGUCGGCUAGCUGGAGACAGAAGUGCGCCGCCAAUAACCAGGCGCUGCUGCGGAUGGCGCAGCACAAACAGACAUCCGAUGUGGUGCUGGCCACUCAGCGGCGGCGGCUGGAGACGCUGCAGCGGCUGUACACCGCCCUGGAGAGGCGCGCAGGUCCCAAGAUAUCUGAAGCGGUUAGAUUGGAGACAGCGACCUCCUCUGCCGCGCAGCCUGGAGUAGGUUCAGUUACUCAGCCUUCAGUAAACGGUGGAACACAGCCUACAAUAGGCGUCACCUCGGAGUCUGUGGCAGAGAACGGCACCCACGCUACAACGGACUCCAGCCGACUGACACGGGCACCAGAGGUUUCUGACGUACGGACUCCUGACUCCGACACAAAAGGUACUGCUGCGGAUACGCCCGCACAGGCUACGUUGGACUCCGGCACAAAUGGUGCAUCGGAUUCCAACGCAAAGGCUACAGUGGACACCUCCGCAGAGGCUACAACUGACACACCCUCCACAGAGGCAGCAGCCGACUCUUCCGCAAAGGCUACAUCGUACUUCUCCAUAAGAGCAGCAGCGGACUCAUCCUCAAAGGCUACUUCGGACUCCGCUAUAAGGACUCCAGCUGAUUCCGCCACAGAGGCUGUGCCUGACUCCACAGUCGGCCGAGGUGUGCUAGGAGCCGGCCGAGGUGUGCUAGGAGCCGGCCGAGGUGUGCUAGGAGCCGGCUGAGGUGUGCUAGGAGCCGGCCGAGGUGUGCUAGGAGCCGGCCGAGGUGUGCUAGGAGCCGGCCGAGGUGUGCUAGGAGCCGGCCGGGGUGUGCUAGGAGUCGGCUGAGGUGUGCUAGGAGCCGGCUCUGGUCUCUGUUGAUUGCAUGUAGCUCUUUCAAGUUAUGUCUCAGGACUUGGCCGCGGCGGCACACCAACUGCUUAUCACAACUAGUGGUCGCAUUGUCCUUCCCUUUCCUACCAUCGCAUGACUCGGAAAUGGUCGUGCCAUACUGGGAAGUACCCAUAAAAAAAAAAACACAGAACAAACUAACAAUCAAACUCUCACCACCAUCAGUGAUGAGCCGAACCCAAAACCCUAGUAACUAGUUCCAGACGUUGACCUGACCAUGUACAAAGUGUGCUGUGAUUAUCCCCCACUUGCCUGUUGGAUUGCUGUGACCCUGCCAUUUUUUACCAACUACUGGGCUUUGAUUGCCACUUUUGCCAGUAAGUGUGCGGUGACCGCCCCUUUUUACCUGUGUGCUGUGAACUCCCCUUAUUACCUGUUAGUGUACUGUGAACCGCUUCACAGUAGGCUCGUUUGUGAGAUUUCUGUACUUAGUGCUGGUAGCAGCUGUGCGUCAGUCUGUCCUGACGCGUCUCAUGCCGCUCCCGUGGGGCGAUGACUCCCGACCGGCUGUCCCCGUGGCUCGAUAUACUCUUACAGAGACCCCGGAGUGGUGCCAUUGAACUCGGAACGUAGCCAAAUACAGUUGUCUUUCU